AUUCCUCAAGACAAACGUUCAUCAUGAAGGUUGCGCUGGUUCUCGCCCUGGCUGCUUGUGCUGCUGCCAUGCCCUCUCCUGACCCUGGCUUCGUGUACUCCUACGGCCAUCCACUCGUCUACUCCUCCUACCCCGUCGUCAAGACUGUCAAGACCGGGACCCCCGCCAGCACCGCCCCCCUCGUCUACUCCUACGGUCACAACCUUCCUCUCACCUACGGGUACCCCUACAACUUCCCCUACAACUUCCCCUACACUUACCCCUACCUGGUCAAGGCCGACGAGACCGAAGAGGAAACUAUGGCUGAGGAGGAAGUUGUAGCCGAGGAAUAGGACGACACUCAGCAUCGUUCCUCUCAGGGCCUGGGAGGAGGAAUCGCGAGUCCUCGUAGCCUCGUCGAACGAGGAGUUCGAAGGAUUCGUUGAGCCUCCUCAGCUUCCCUCAGGAACGCCGCCAGAGGCCGUCGAGCACGCCUUCUUCACGCUGAACGACGGACGACUUACAAUGGACGACUGUUUCUGGACGACUCAAUUCCUGCCGACGCCACGCGAGGUCGCUUGAGACACCCCGAAGAUGAGGAAGGAGAGAGGAGUCCAAAUUCCUCUCUCAUUCCUUCUUCGUGUUUCUCAUCGAUUCUUGAAGUGGCCGACGGCUCAGCUUACAAUAAAACACAAAAUACA